AUGGCAAAAUCCUUGAGGGAAAAGAACUGUUUCAUUUACAUCUUUGUAUCCCAAGCAGGAGAUGUCGAGUCAGUGUCCACAACGUCUUCGCCUACUGAAGAGAAAGUAGAGACUAGAGCUGGACACCCUCCUGUGAUAAAAGCUGGUGGAAUGAGAAUUGUGCAGAAACACCCUCUUAGUGGAGAUGCAAAAGAAGAGAGAGAUAAGGAUGAUCAAGAAUGGGAAAGUACCAGCCCACCUAAACCAACUGUGUACAUCUCUGGUGUUAUUGCAAGGGGUGACAAAGAUUUUCCCCCUGCUGCAGCUCAGGUGGCUCACCAAAAACCACACCACCCCUCUAUGGAAAAGCAUCCUUCUCACAAGCCAACACAGCACAUCCAACAGCCCUGCAAGUGA